UGCAGCUGUUCGUCUCAUGCUCCUCUAUCGUACCAGUCAUCCGAAAUUAUUUUCAUCUUAGCACAACAACAGCCACAAAAUCAUGUCAACUAGAUCAGAAAUCAAGACGCUGCGCCUCGGGACUGCGUCGCCCUCGCCGGCGGCAACAACAGCCGAGACGCUCUCGGUGGUCGACCAAGUGGCGGCCCGUGCCGCUGACCAAAACAUUGAUCUCCUGCUCCUUCCAGAGGCGUUCCUCGGCGGCUACCCGCGUGGCACGUCAUUCGGAAGCGUUAUUGGGAGUCGCUCGGACGAGGGUCGCGAGGAGUUUCGCCAGUACUUUCGCGGCGCUGUCGAUCUCGGCGACGUCGUCGGCGAGGGCGGUGCCGGUGCCGGAGGAAAGUGGGUGAGACGGGAGCUCGAUGGGGAGGGCGAGGCCAAGACCCGUGGAGACGGUACGAGGGAGAAGCUUGAAGAGAUCGCUCGGAGGACCGGCGUCUUUGUUGUCGUCGGGCUCAUUGAGAGAGCCGGAGGCAGCCUCUACUGCGCCGUCGUCUAUGUCUGCCCCAGCUUGGGUAUGAUUGGAAAGAGGAGGAAGGUCAUGCCGACUGGCAGCGAACGCCUCGUAUGGGCACAGGGGUCUCCAGCUACCCUCCGAGCAGUCACAACCACAAUCCGUGGCGUCCGUCUCAACCUGGCGGCGGCCAUCUGCUGGGAGAGCUACAUGCCCAUGCUCAGGCAAUCCCUCUACCAGCAAAACAUCAACCUCUACCUCGCCCCGACGGCCGACGGCCGCGACACCUGGCUGUCCCUGAUGCGCACAAUCGGUUGCGAAGGGCGGUGCUUCGUCGUGAGCUCCAACAUGUGCGUGCCGCCCAAGGGGAGUAAUACAACUGGAGGUGAGGCCUCAACCACGGAGCCAUUUGUCUCGCGCGGCGGGUCGUGCAUCACGGGGCCCAUGGGCGCCGUCCUCGCUGGGCCGCAGUGGGAGAACAACCAGGAUAUCAUUUACGCUGAUGUCGACUUUGAGGACUGCAUCAGGGGGAGGCUGGACCUAGAUGCUGCGGGAAGCUACUCAAGGAACGACUCGUUCAAGUUUUCUGUCGAGGGGCUGGAUAUGAGCCCGUUGCCUUAUUGAUCAGCCGAAUAUAGCAACCAAAACUAUGGAGAGCGGGGAGAUUAGAGAGCAGUUGAUUGGGUAAGGUACCUCUGACCACACAUGGAAAUGAACGAGUGGCAAUGCGAACUUGACACUUUGGUAUAGAAUUUUCUAAAUAGGUCGGGAAAGCCAAAGAUGUCAGACAAUGUUGGACAGUAUCUUAGUUGCAGGUGGCCAACGAUGGCUGAGGGUAAAGUGCCAUUGAACUCGCGUGGAUUCCCACAUUCUCCGGGGCGGAUAGACCAAUCGAGGGAAGCUAAGUGGUUGAGAGGAAUGGAUCAUCGGUUUCGACCAUGAUAUGAAGCCAGUCCGUUGGCGGCCCAAGACAAGCAACGAUGCUUGGGACCAGAACUAGGAGAAUUGCGCAAAUCGCAGCGCCAUUGGGUCAAAGUCAGCGUGUCAAUCCACUCAAAUUCAACUUCCAGCUGCGACAGGAUGCUGCACUGCGCAAUGAUGUGCAGUUUAUUCGUCCACGGCACAACUCUCGGAAAGAGACUGAUCGAGUGCAAUGAUCUGCUAGCCCAAGGAACAGGCUUGUGGGUAAGACAAGGGAAAUCACACCAUGUAGCAUGGCAACCCGGUAUCGGACAGUUUACCUCUUCUUCCACUCCCAGCUUGCCACGCAGACGUUCAGCCGCAACUGUCCUUGACCGCCAAGGUCAAGGAGGGUGUAGGCCGAGGUCACAGUUGCUGUGGGGGUCUACGCACUUCUGGUGGUAUGCCAGAGUGCUCCUUUCAACCUCACACCGUUCCAGGAAAAUGAGGUGCUUUGCCAGUCACUGAUUUAUAUUAUGCUAUUCCAUUCUCUCACAUAUCAAAAGAACUCUCAGCUGGUCAAGUCAUAUGAAGAAGCCCUUUUCCCAGCUGUGAUGCCUCUGAUCGGACUAUCAAUCCAUCUUCUAGUCCAGUCUAUUCCUGCAAACAACACCACCAUCAAAAGACAACCCAUUAGCAAGCCGUCCUACUUCUCCCGCCUUCUUGUCCAGUGGCAGUCUUGCCCGCUUUCCUGGAGAGCCUUGCCUUUUUCUAUUGGUUGCUGGAAUAUCGCGCAGGACUUCUUGACGUGCAGGUUGUCUUGUCAUGCAGCGAUAACGUGUGAUUAAUGCAAGCCAUAUUCUGCAGUGGGUUGAGGCUAGCACAUAAUGCUGCUUCUCAUUGCUCAAAUGCGGAA